AUGGGGACUCUGACAUUGAAAGAGAACUUUGCCUUCUCGGCGGCGCUGCGCCUCCCAUCGAGCAUCAGCGAGGAGGAGAAGAGGCAGAAGGUGGAGCGGCUGAUCCACGAGCUGGGCCUGGGCCGGGUGGUCGACUCCAAGGUGGGCACUCAGCUGAUUCGCGGGAUCUCGGGAGGUGAGAGGAAGAGGACGAACAUCAGCAUGGAGCUGAUCAUCGACCCGUCCGUCCUGUUCCUGGAUGAGCCCACCACGGGCCUCGACACCAUC